UAGCUGCUGUGGUGGCAUUAAGGGACUCAUGUCCAUUGAAGAUGAUGCUGCCCCUACUCAAAGUGACUUCAUAGAAAACUGGGUGAAGAUAGGUGCAGCAGCGAGGAACAAGAUCAAGGAAGAACAUAAAGACUUGAGCUAUGAUGAUCAAUGCGACAAGUGUGAGAAGGAAGCUGUGAAUGUGUCGCUUGGAAACUUGCUUUCGUAUCCAUUCGUGAGAGCGGCAGUGGUGAAGAACACACUCGCAAUCAGAGGAGGUCACUACAAUUUCGUGAAAGGAACAUUUGAUCUCUGGGAGCUCGAUUUCAAGACCACUUGA